GGGCUGCGUCUCACGAGCCCGUGAGAGGACGCAGGUCCCGGGGCGCCGUCCCCCUGUUCUCUUCCUUUGCAUCCAGUCCUGUGCGGACCGAAAUGAACAUGCAGGCGCAGAGACCCCCUUUGUUGGAAGUGAAGAGGAACUUCGAGCUGAAGACAACCCUGGUCAAGGCUUCCUCCCGACUGCCCCUUCCAGGAAGCAAACUCAAGAGGGGUCCUGAGCAGAUGGAGGAUGCCUUGGAACCUGCGAAGAAACGGACACGAGGCCUGGGUGCAGUGACUAAAAUUGACACAUCCCGCCCCAGAGGACCAGUGCUCAGCACAGUGUCACAGACACAGGGCCCUACUGCAGCUCAGAAAGGCCCUAAGAAGACAGGACCUCGUGGUUGUGCUACUGUUGCUUCAGUGCUGAAGAACCCGAAGGCUGCUCCUGCUGCUCCUGCUGCUCCUGCCCAGAAGCCUGGCACAUCAGCUGCCCCAAUGGUGGCAGGGAAGAGACCUGGUAAACGUCCUGCCUGGGACUUGAAGGGCCAGCUGUGUGACCUCAAUGAAGAGCUGAAACGCUAUCGGGAGAAGACUCAGAAGUUGGACCAGGAGAACCAGGGGCUUCGGGAGCAACUCAAAGAAGCCCAAGAGCAAGCCACAGUGCUGGGGACAGAGCGGAACACCCUGGCAGGGGAGCUGGCCAGUGUUCAGACCCAGGCUGAGCAGAGCCAGCAGAAGCUAGAGACUCUGUGUGCCCGUGUGUUGGAGCUGGAGGAAUGCCUGGGUACCAAGGAGAGAUUGGUUCAGGAGCUCCAGAAAGAAAAGCUGGAGUUGCAGGAGGAACAGAAGGCACUGGCCACCCGCCUGGAGGAGCAAGAGAGGAGGUUACAGGCCUCAGAAACCGCUCUGUCAAGUAGCGAAGCAGAGGUGGUGUCUCUGCGGCAGAAGGCUGCAGCCCAGGUGACCUUACUGGCUGAACAAGGAGACCGGCUACAUGGCCUGGAGAUGGAGCGCCGUCGACUCCACAACCAGUUGCAGGAACUCAAGGGCAAUAUCCGGGUAUUCUGCCGGGUGCGCCCUGUCCUUGCAGGGGAGCCCACUCCAUCCCCUGGCUUCCUCCUAUUUCCCCAUGGCCCUGCUGGACCCUCUGAUCCCCCUACCCACCUUAGCGUCUCACGGUCUGAUGAUCGACGUGCCACCCUGACCGGGGCACCAGCACCUACUACCCGCCAUGAUUUCUCCUUUGAUCGGGUAUUUCCACCAGGAAGCAAGCAGGAGGAAGUAUUUGAGGAGAUCUCCAUGCUUGUCCAGUCAGCACUGGAUGGUUACCCUGUGUGUAUCUUUGCCUAUGGACAGACAGGCAGUGGCAAGACCUUCACUAUGGAGGGUGGGCCUGGGGGAGACCCCCAACUGGAGGGGCUUAUCCCUCGGGCCCUGCGGCAUCUAUUCUCCGUGGCCCAGGAGAUGGGUGGCCAGGGCUGGACAUACAGUUUUGUGGCAAGUUACGUAGAGAUCUACAAUGAGACCGUCCGAGACCUGCUAGCCACUGGGACCCGGAAGGGGCAAGGGGGCGAGUGUGAGAUUCGUCGAGCAGGUCCAGGGAGUGAGGAGCUCACCGUCACCAAUGCACGCUAUGUCCCUGUUUCCUGUGAAAAAGAGGUGGAGGCUCUGCUCCAUUUGGCCCGCCAGAAUCGGGCUGUGGCCCGCACUGCCCAGAAUGAGAGAUCAUCACGCAGUCACAGUGUGUUCCAGCUGCAGAUUUCGGGAGAGCAUGCUGCUCGGGGCCUGCAGUGUGGCGCUCCCCUCAACCUUAUAGACCUGGCUGGGAGUGAGCGGCUAGACCCUGGCUUAGCCCUAGGCCCUGGGGAGCGUGACCGUCUUCGGGAAACACAGGCUAUCAACAGCAGUCUGUCUACACUGGGACUGGUCAUAAUGGCUCUGAGCAAUAAGGAGUCUCACGUACCUUACCGAAACAGCAAGCUUACCUACCUGCUGCAGAACUCGCUGGGUGGCAGUGCCAAGAUGCUCAUGUUCGUGAACAUUUCCCCUUUGGAAGAGAAUGUCUCCGAGUCUCUCAAUUCACUGCGCUUUGCCUCCAAGGUGAACCAGUGUGUUAUUGGUACCGCUCAGGCUAAUAAGAAAUGAAGCUGGAGCCAGCGCCUGAUUCCCAAGCAAGCGAGUGUGCAUGUAUCUGUGUUUUGGUGUGUGUGUGUGUGAAAGAUGCUUUUAUUUGGUGGACAACAUUAUGUACCUAACUAUAAAAUAAAGACAUUUUGU